AUGAGGCUGACUUGUGGCUGGAAAUUUUCCGCAGCCCUAACUGAAGCAAAUCGCUGGGGCCACACAUUCCCAAAAUUUCGUGAUCUGGGACCCGAGUUCGAGAACCUGAACACCACAACGCGCCCUCUUGCCGACGACGACGCAGCGAAGGGUACCUCCAGCUUCGGCAAGCGCCACACCAAGACCCACGGCCUCUGCAAGCGCUGCGGUCGCCGGGCUUUCCACAACCAAAAGAAGGUCUGCGCCUCGUGCGGUUACCCUGCUGCCAAGACCCGCAAGUACAACUGGUCCGAGAAGGCGAAGCGUAGAAAGGUCACUGGCACCGGCCGGAUGCGGUACCUCAGCACAGUGUCGAGGCGGUUCAAGAACGGCUUCCGGACUGGUGUCCCCAAGGGUUCGAGAGGCCCCGCGAUCUCGACUGCUUCAUAA